CAACAUAUCCUCUCCAUACAGACAGCUAUAGAAAUACUGCAGCAGUCCUUUUCUGUACCCCUGCAGCAGCAGCUGAUCUCCUCCUCCAUGUAUUCUGCUAGGUACUGUAUAACCCACCCUCCCUGUCACUCAAGCACUGCUCAUCCUGGGCUGUUAGUUGCAGGGAGAAAGCCAGCUCAGAUCAAUGCUUCUUUUGUCUCAAGCUCUCAUCCAGCCACUGUACUGAAGAAUUGCAGAAAAAUAAGGCAUUUGCACAGUGACAGUGACCCACAGAUAUGCAGGCCACCCUGUGAAAUAGUGGGAGGAGCCGCUUCUGCUAGUUUCCUGUUAGUGGGCCUUCUACAGAGUUGAACACAAGUCCCAACGCGAGCUCAGGGAAAACAGAAACCUACCGUGGAGCAGAAGGACAUGCCCAGGAGCCUAGUGAAUGCAAUUUGACCAUCACUACCAGACCAGAUAAAUUUCAUGGAAGGACCUCACCGGUGGAUCUCUAAGAUGUAAUAACAUUUGUGAUCCCUUCAUAGAUCUUCACAGGGUCCCCAACAUUGCUCAUGAAAUCAUGUCAGGACUUGGUCCUUCAGUUGCAUUGCCAGAAGAAAUGGGGAACGGGACUUUUCUGGAAUUAUUCCCCACCUCUCUUUCAACUUCAGUGGAUUCCUCGUCAUCGGCAACCAAUCGUUUAUCAAACGUUUAUGUAUAUGUGUCCAUCUUUCUCAGCCUGCUAGCUUUUCUCCUACUGCUGCUAAUCAUUGCUCUUCAAAGACUAAAAAAUAUUAUCUCCUCAACGUCGUCUUAUCCAGAAUAUACUAGUGAUGCAGGGAGCUCCUUCACUAAUUUAGAAGUUUGUAGUAUCUCCUCCCAGCGGUCUUCUUUUUCUAACCUUUCUUCAUAAGAAAAGAUAAAAUAGAAUUCCUAAAGAAAGGGAACGUGGAAAUAUUGCAUGUGACUCACACCUUUGAUUCUGAAUAGACAUCCCUCAUUCUCUUUGAAAUGAUGCUGCUUUUUAACUCAAUUUUGCUUUUGUCGUUUAUUCGUUUCAUCUGCUCCGUACCCAAUUUCAGUUAACUUGAAUGUUUCCGUUGUUAAAUAAACUUAUAAAGCAAAUGUAGUCCCUCUAAUCAGGCACUCACGGAGAUCAAAACUUUUUAGGUUUAGAACUUUUGAUGUAAACAGCAACCUGAGCUUUUACACCUGCAUAUAACCUACUGCACGAUGUGAAUGUACGUCUGUGAGUCUUAUGUUUGCUGUUAAGAUUUUACAUUCAUGAGUUUUCGGCAGAUAUGUUCAUUUUUAAUAGAGCACAAUUUUGAGAGUA